AUGGAUGCCUUCUGCAGACUCAGUGGCCUGGACCCUCUGUGGGACUGGAACCGUACAUGGUACACGGCCAACCCGGACCUAACCCAGUGUUUCCAGAACACGGUGCUGGUGUGGGUCCCCUGUAUCUAUCUGUGGUUGCUGGUUCCUUUCUACUGUCUUCAUCUCUACUGCCAUGACCGUGGACGCAUUCAAAUGUCCUGCCUCUGCACCGCCAAAAUGGUGUUGGGUUUCCUGCUGGCCUCGUUUGGUUUUGUGGAGUUCUUCUACAUCCUGCUGGAGAGAAGCCAAGAGAUUCAGCAGCACAUGGUCUUCCUACUCAGCCCCAUCAUACGCAGCAUGACCGUGAUCCUGGCGCUAUGCAUCAUCCAGUUGGAAAGAAUAAGGGGAUGUCGCUCCUCUGUAUUCCUAUUCCUUUUCUGGGUCUUGGCUGUUGUCUGUUCCCUUGUGCCUCUCAGAGCAAAGAUCCAGCUGGCCAUGGAUGAGGGCAUCGCAUCAGAUAUUGUACGAUACCUCGCCUUCUUCUCCUACUUCACAAUCCAACUGGCCCAGCUCUUCCUGUGCUGUUUUGCUGACCAGCCUCCGGAGGGAAAAGCCAUCUUGGAAAAGAAUCCCUGUCCCGUCAAAGAUGCCUCUUUCCUGUCAAAGAUUCUCUUCUGGUGGUUCACUGGGCUUGUUGUGAAAGGAUAUCGCACUCCGCUGGAGGCGGAGGAUCUGUGGACCCUGAGGGAGGAAGACACUUCGCACAAGAUCAUUUCUGAGCUGCAAGAGGACUGGACAGCUGAAUGUGCCAAAAUUCAGAAGCAGGAGAAGGCCUUAGCGUCGGGCGUGGCAAUGGGUAGCAGACUGCAAGACCAGGCUCAGCUCCUCAGGAAGCUGCAGAAGGAGCAGAUUUCUGGCUUUUUCCUACUCAGGACAUUAGCUCGCAAUUUUGGUCCAUACUUCCUGACUGGAACCCUGUGUAUCAUAUUCCAUGAUGCCUUCAUGUUCGCCAUCCCUCAGGUGCUGAGUCUUCUCCUUGGUUUUAUGAGGGAUGAAGACGCUCCACUGUGGAAAGGCUACUUCUAUGCCACUUUAAUGUUCCUGCUGUCUUGCCUCCAGUCCCUCUUCAACCAUCAGUACAUGUACACUUGCUUCACAGUGGGAAUGAGAGUGAAGACAGCUGUUAUGGGCUUGGUUUAUAGGAAGUCUUUGGUGAUAAACAGCUCUUCCAGGAGGACUUGCACUGUGGGAGAGAUUGUGAAUCUCGUUUCAGCAGACACACAGAAGCUCAUGGACUUUGUGGUGUACUUCAAUGCUGUCUGGCUGGCUCCUAUCGAGAUUGCUCUUUGUCUCUUCUUCCUUUGGCAGCAUCUUGGCCCGUCAGCUUUGGCAGGAAUUGCCACUGUCAUUCUCAUUUUUCCACUCAAUGGAUUCAUUGCAAAGAAGAGAAGCAAGCUGCAGGAGAUUCAAAUGAAGUUCAUGGACGGACGCAUCAGACUGAUGAAUGAGAUCUUGAACGGAAUAAAGAUCUUGAAGUUUUAUGCCUGGGAGAAGGCCUUCCUGGAGCAGGUUUUGGGCUACAGAGAAAAGGAGCUCAAGGCCUUGAAGAAGUCUCAAAUUCUUUACUCUAUCUCCAUUGCAUCCUUUAACUCCUCUUCUUUCUUGAUUGCCUUUGCCAUGUUUGGAGUCUAUGUGGGGCUCGAUGACAGGAAUGUCCUGGAUGCCCAGAAAGUGUUUGUCUCAAUGGCACUAAUCAACAUCCUGAAGACCCCACUUAGUCAGCUUCCAUUUGCAAUAAGCACAACCAUGCAGGCUGUAGUUUCGCUGAGACGUCUGGGAAAGUACCUGUGUUCAGAGGAACUUAAAGUGGACAAUGUCUCAAAGGCUCCAUUGAGCUCUGAUGGAGAGGACGUGGUCUUAGAAAACGGUACUUUCAGCUGGUCUGCGGAGGGCCCUCCAUGUCUCAAACGGAUCAACGUCCGUGUGCCACGAGGUUCCCUUGUUGCUGUGGUUGGGCAUGUAGGCAGUGGAAAGUCCUCUUUGUUGUCCGCCAUGCUCGGGGAAACAGAGAAAAGAAGCGGCCAAGUUUCUGUCAAGGGCUCUGUAGCGUACGUCCCCCAGCAGGCUUGGAUCCAGAACGCCACAGUUCAAGACAACAUCAUAUUUGGCCGUGAGAAGCUGAAAACAUGGUACCACCGUGUGCUGGAGGCUUGUGCCCUGCUGCCUGACCUCGACAUCCUACCUGCUGGAGAUGCCACAGAAAUUGGAGAGAAGGGACUGAACCUCUCAGGCGGGCAAAAGCAGAGAGUCAGUCUGGCCAGGGCUGUCUACAGAAAGGCUGAUGUCUACCUUCUGGAUGAUCCGCUAUCUGCUGUAGAUGCACAUGUGGGCCAACACAUCUUUGACAAAGUCAUUGGACCCAAAGGAGUCCUUAGAGACAAGACCCGCAUUCUGGUGACCCAUGGGAUGAGUUUCCUACCGCAGGCUGACCUCAUCCUCGUCCUGGUGGACGGAGAAAUCACAGAGAGUGGCUCCUACCAGGAGCUCCUCAGCCGCCAUGGUGCCUUUGCUGACUUCAUCCACACUUUUGCAAGCACAGAGCGAAAAGAGAGUGCCAUACAAAGAGCUGGUUCCAGGAGGUCCAAUGCUCGUCUCAGCAUGGUAGAUUUCAUGCCAUUCUCAAGAGACCUGUCACAGGAGCAGCUCAUUGGGGGGGACACCACUAAUACCAACCUGCAGAAUAUGGAGCCUGUUUCUGAAACUGAUCAAGAGCAGGUACCAGAGGACUUGGGCAAGCUGACCGAGGUCGACAAGGCACGCACUGGGAGAGUGAGGUUGGAAAUGUACAAGAAGUACUUCAAGACCAUCGGCUUGGCGAUCAUCAUUCCCAUCGUCUUCCUGUAUGCCUUCCAGCAAGGCGCCUCUCUGGCCUACAACUACUGGCUCAGCAUGUGGGCUGACGAUCCAGUUGUUAAUGGCACCCAGAUCGAUGCAGACCUGAAACUGACUGUGUUUGGGGCUCUGGGCUUUGUUCAAGGUGUUGCGAUCUUUGGUACAACCGUUGCCAUCUCCAUCUGCGGCAUCAUUGCUUCCCGCCAGUUGCACAUGGACCUGUUGAUCAAUGUUCUGCGCUCUCCAAUGUCAUUUUUUGAGUGCACGCCCAGUGGAAACCUCCUGAACCGCUUCGCCAAGGAAAUUGAUGCCAUUGACUGCAUGGUCCCUGAAGGCUUGAAGAUGAUGCUGAGCUACGUUUUUAAGCUCAUGGAGGUCUGCAUCAUUGUGUUGAUGGCGACACCCUUUGCGAUCGUGAUCAUCCUGCCUCUCGCUUUCCUCUACGCCUUUGUCCAGAGCUUCUACGUGGCCACAUCCUGUCAGCUGCGAAGGUUGGAAGCUGUGAGCCGCUCACCCAUCUACACCCACUUCAAUGAGACGGUGCAGGGUGCCAGUGUCAUCCGGGCCUUUGGAGAACAGUCCAGAUUCAUCCUGCAGGCUAAUCAGAGGGUCGACUUCAAUCAAACCUCCUACUUCCCUCGAUUUGUGGCCACCCGGUGGCUGGCAGUCAAUUUGGAGUUUGUAGGUAAUGGUGUGGUCUUAGCCGCUGCUAUUCUUUCAGUGAUGGGAAAAAGCACCCUGAGCCCAGGCAUCGUCGGUUUGGCCGUGUCACACUCCCUCCAGGUGACUGGAAUCUUGAGCUGGAUUGUGCGAUCCUGGACCGAUGUGGAAAACAACAUAGUUUCUGUGGAGAGAGUCAACGAGUACGCCGACACUGCUAAAGAGGCCAGUUGGAGUAUAGAGGGCAGCUCCUUGCCACAGGCUUGGCCCCAGAAAGGCACUAUAGAGUUCCAGGACUACGGGCUGCAGUACCGUAAAGGCCUUGAGUUGGCUCUGAAAGGCAUUACUUUGAACAUUCAGGAGAGAGAGAAGGUUGGACUUGUGGGCAGGACAGGAGCUGGAAAGUCCUCACUUGCCCUGGGAAUUUUCAGGAUCUUAGAGGCUGCAAAGGGAAAGAUUUUUAUAGAUGGAGUCAACAUUGCUGAAAUUGGACUCCAUGACCUCAGAUCGCGCAUUACUAUCAUUCCUCAGGACCCUGUGCUGUUCUCAGGCUCCCUCCGGAUGAACCUUGACCCAUUUGAUACCUACACAGACGAGGAGGUUUGGAGUUCAUUGGAGCUCGCUCACCUGAAAAACUUUGUGUCUAAUCUCCCUGACAAACUCAACUACGAAUGCUCAGAGGGAGGAGAAAACCUCAGUCUGGGUCAGCGCCAGCUCGUGUGCCUCGCCAGAGCCUUGCUGAGGAAAACCAAGAUCCUGGUUUUGGAUGAAGCAACAGCUGCUGUGGACCUGGAGACUGACACACUUAUCCAGUCAACAAUCCGCACACAGUUUGAGGACUGCACUGUGCUGACCAUUGCUCACCGCCUUAACACUAUCAUGGACUACACUAGAGUGAUCGUCAUGGACAGAGGACACAUCUCUGAGAUGGACUCUCCAGCCAACCUCAUCUCACAGCGGGGACAGUUCUACCGAAUGUGCCGGGAAGCCGGAUUGGUUUAGUUCUCUACUGGGCCUCGUUCCAUGGAACUGAUGACCUGGUUCACCUUACUUCUAUGGCUCUCAAACACAAAUUAAAUUGGGCCAUUCCAAGCUUUGUGGCAGCUCAAAACGCCUCUCCGUGAGUGCAUCGUCGAUGAAUCUCAUAAACAGCUGCUGACGCAGUCUACAGUAUUUGUUGGUUUCUUAAUCACACAGGCAUGCUGUCCUAAGUCAGGAAAAGACAUUGUUAACCUCAGACGAUGAACAUUCAAACAAAGAUAUAGUGGAAUGCUGAGAGUUUCCAAGCUAUAAAUAAUUGUAUAUAGAGUAGUAGAGUCAGUUUAUUCCAUUAAAGGAUUAUGCCAAAGGCUGGAAUGAAAAAAUACCACAAAUCUAAAGGAUUUUUGUUCUCUUUAAGGAUGGGAGGUAUAUUAUUUUUGUAGUUUUUGUAAGUGUUUAUAAAGCACAUGACAUAUUUUUUGAUGUUGUCUCAGGCUUAAACGUUGAUGUUUACUCACACUUGUUUAGCCUCGUAUACAGAAAAAGAGGCACUUUUGUAACUGUAAAUUGAUAGAAAUCUAUUUUGUCUUCUUGUCCCAGAAACUGGGACAGGAAAUACUCUGACACACUAACCUUCAAAAGGUUUCGUUGGCAAACGCAGGGGAAGUGAGGUUUUCACAGCCUUCAAAAUCUGAGCUGGAGGCAGCCAAUUUGGACUUUUUAUAUGUCAGGGAAAAAAAAAGAGGAAAACAUUGAAGUGAGCCAAGACAUUAGCACUCGUCCAACUAUGUUGUGGCUGUUGUUUAUUUCUGUCAAAGUAAACACAUAAAAAAGUCAAUAGAGACCUUGCUGGUCAGAUUUAACCUGACACCGGUUGUGAAAACCACCAUGAAUGAAGAGAAUGCCUCUUGAAAACAAUGGUGAUAAAUCUCUGUGAUUGUCUCUCAGCCACCACCACACUCAGGCCAUACACACAGACACAGAGAAGAUAAAUAUCAGUAUUGUUCUUAUGGUGCUGACAUAACAGACUGUAAAUAGUCCAUGCUGACCUUUUCGCUCGAUUCAAAGAAAGAACCCUAUGAACUUUUCAAAGAGAAGAAGCAUUUACUGUUUUUGUCUUACUGGUUUAGACAAUAUAUUCUAAGAGAAACCCGAGUGUUUAUUUAUGUCAUACGACAGAAGUGUAUUAAGUGUCCUUAAGAAAAUGAGGAUUGUAUUAUAUUUAUACUUUUUAUAACAAGCUUGAUCAUUUUCACUGACCUUUUACUGUUUAAUGUACUGUCUUGUUCCAUACAUCAUGCUGGACAAUAAAGUUUAUUUGAAUCUUU